AUGCCGGAGGAAGAGGAGAGUGGCCUCCUGCACCAGAGAGUCCAGGGCAAGCCCUGCCUGGAGAUCCCAGGCCUGACCCGGAUCCCGGCUUCUGGGAUGGGAACAGACCGGGAUCCUUUCAGGGUGGUACGGCCACGUAGCCGUCCAGAGACGGGAGUGCCGUGUCCUCGGCGUGCCGGCGAUGGGUGUCGCUCAGGCCUCUUCCUUUCCAUCGCGCCCAGGAAAAACUCCCUGCCCGACUUGAGGAGAUUUAGAGGAGGCAGGAAAAAAAGCCCGGAUGUUGCGCUUUCAGGAAGGCCGUCUUCGCUCCCUCCCUCCCUCUCCCUUCCCGCCUCUCACCGCUGGGCACCGAAGCAGGAAAAGGCCAGGGAGCUCUUGACGGGCUCUGCGAGAGCCGGAGAGCCUCGCCCAGCCGCCCUCCCGGUUUCUGCAAGCGUGCCUGCAAGCAACCCUCCGCUGAGCGAGGAGAUGCUGCCUCCGGGGGAGUGGAUGUGCCACCGCUGCACCGUUCGCCGAAAGAAGCGGGAGCAGAAAAAGGAGCUGGGCCACGUGAACGGCCUGGUGGACAAGGCUGGGAGAAGGACCACGUCCCCCACCAGCGAUGCGGACUACUUGGAGCGGGCGGGGGCCGGCGGAAGCCUCCGGACCCUUUCCCACGCUCGGCUCCUGGAGCGGAGAGCCAGCCGGCCCGGCACCCCGACGUCCAACGCCAGCACCGAGACCCCGAACUCGGAGCAGAACGACGUGGACGAGGACAUCAUUGACGUGGACGACUACUCGGCCCCCGCCACGGGGGAGGCAGAGGGCGGGCAGCCCCUCCUGAAGCGACCCUUUGAGCUGCUGAUUGCGGCCGCCAUGGAGAGGAACCCCACCCAGUUCCAGCUGCCCAACGAACUGACCUGUACCACAGCACUUCCAGGUACGAGCAAGAGGCGGCGGAAAGAGGAGACCACGGGGAAGAACGUCAAGAGGGCGCAGCACGAGCUGGACCACAACGGCCUGGUCCCCUUGCCUGUCAAAGUUUGCUUCACCUGCGGCAGGAGUUGCCGUGUCGCUCCGCUCAUCCAGUGCGAUUACUGCCCGCUCCUCUUCCACAUGGACUGCCUGGACCCUCCUCUCACGGCGAUGCCGCUGGGCCGGUGGAUGUGUCCGAACCACAUUGAGCACGUGGUGCUGAACCAGAAAAACAUGACCCUCAGCAACCGGUGCCGGGUGUUUGACCGCUUUCAGGACACCAUUUCCCAGCACGUGGUCAAGGUGGAUUUCCUGAACCGGAUCCACAAGAAACACCCUCCCAACCGCCGCGUGGUGCAGUCGAUGAAGAGGAAGGGGUUGAAGGUUCCGGAUGCGGUCAAGUCCCAGUAUCGUGUCCCGCCCCCACUGCUGCCGCCUGCGGCCAUCCGGGACGGGGAGCUGAUCGGCAACGGGUUUUCGGAGGAGCCCUCCUCUACGCGACUCUGCAGCCCGGAGCGCUUCGCCCCCCAGUCGGAGCAGCACGAGUGGUUGCGUAGCGUCAUCGCUCUUCAGUGCAGCAUCUUGAAACACUUGUCUGCUAAGCAGAUGCCGUCGCUGUGGGACUCCGAGCAGGCGGAAAAGGCCGACGUGAAGCCGGCGGUUGUGAGCGACGGGUCCCUGGCCGGCCCCUACCAGGCAGCGGACAAGGCCGGCGCUCCUCCCCUUUACUCGCCCUCCUGCGUCGCCCAAAACUCGCUGCAGGAGGAGGGCCCCUACCCUGCGUGUCCAGACAGGCCCAAGAAAGCGUCUCCCUGCGGGACCGCCAACGGCCCCAGCGCCGCCGCGGAGGUGAAAAUCAACGGGCCCCAUUUCUAUGGGGAGGCCUCCGUGCACUUGACUGACUCCCCCCGGCUGAGCGGGCAUGGGGGCGCCUUCCCGGUGGCCUCCCUCCGGCAGCAGCCAUGGCCUCGGCCCUCCGCUCCCCCCGCCCCCUGCCGGCUCCUCAAUCACACGGCCGGGAUCAAGACUGAGAACGCGGCGGACCCUGUCUCCUGCACGCACCGGGGCUCCGUGCCGACGGCGGGCGUGGCGGCUCCCGUCCCCGGUUCGUGCGCCACCCUGGAAGCGGCCGGCGCCUUGCCAAGGAAGAGCACACCGCCAGCCCCUGUCGGGCCCCUCCUGGCCGCCGAUCUCGGGACGAUGGAGUCUCCGCUGACGGCCACUCGGGCGCUCACCCCACCCCAGGCGGCGGCCACCGCGGGGGCGGCCCAUGGCUUCUGCUUGCCGGCACCGCCUCCAGACGAGAAGAUCAGCCCCAGCGCCUUGUCCCUGGGGAGCGUUUUAUCAGCCCCCUCCCUGCUCUCUUCCAACUCUUCAUCUGCGCUGGAGCUCACCAGCUCCCUGAAAGCAUUAAUGGAUGGCGGCGGAGAGAUUGAGAUCAACAUGCUGGAUGAGAAGCUGAUCAAGUUCCUGGCCUUGCAGAGAAUACACCAGCUGUUCACUUCCAAAACCCAGCCCUACACGGGCAGCGCCAGUGCCCGGCAACCCAGCCCCACGUCCCACCCUGCUGAAGGGCAGGGGAAGGAGGUGCAGGCCCGAGCCGUCUUCUACCCUCUGCUGGGGAUGGGCAGUGCUGUGAACAUGUGUUACAGAACCCUCUACAUCGGGACAGGGGCAGAUAUGGACGUGUGCCUUACGAACUACGGUCACUGCAACUACGUCUCGGGCAAGCACGCCUGCAUCUUCUUUGACGAGAACACCAAGCAUUACGAGCUGCUCAACUACAGCGAGCACGGGACGACGGUAGACAACGUCCUGUAUUCGUGCGACUUCUCCGAGAAGACUGCCCUCGUGCCCCCCAGCAGCAUGGUUGCCAAAGUGCAGAGCGUGAUCAAGCGGCACAAGAGCCGAAAGACGCAGCAGCAGCAGCAGCCGCAGCAGCAACAAGAGGAGGACGGACGGCCCAGCGAAGAGGGGGGCGCCCGUGCCGCGUCCCCCGCCGCGGAGGCGAUGCGGGCCCAGGCCCAAGGGCCGGCCCCGAGGCCCUGCAACUGCAAAGCCAGCAGCUCCAGCCUGAUCGGGGGCAGCGGGGCCGGCUGGGAGGGGACCGCCCUGCUGCACCACGGCAGUUACAUUAAGCUGGGCUGCCUGCAGUUCGUCUUCAGCGUCACGGAGUUUGCGACCAAACCGCCCAAGGGGGAGGCCUCGGCCUUCGGACAGGACGCGGACUUGGAAGAGAAGGUCUCGGCUCUGAAGGCCCACCAGGUCCCCGUGCUGCGCUCGAACUCGGUGCCCUAGGGGCGGCCAGCGGACAGGCAGAGGAAGGAGACCGGAGGCGGCUCAAGAGGAGGGGCAGCCGCCCUUCAGAGAGAGAGAGAGAGAGAGAGAGAGAAAGUGAGGAGGGACGGUGCGAUGUACAUGAAACCACGCGUCUGUCUGGAUUAUGUCCCCCAACCACCCACCCCACCCAGGCACACACGGACGGGCGACAGACUGUUGGUGCCCUUUGCAUGAAAUGAAGAACUCUUAAUUUUUUUUUCUUCUUUUUUUAUCGUUUGCUCAAGUUUUAGGGCAUUUGCACAUAUAUUUGUACUAUACAUUUCAUUUUAAAGAAAAAGAAAAAAACAAAAAGGAAAGAGGAAAACUGCAGCGCGAAGAGGGGGGGGGAAAUG